CGCGGCGGAGGGCGGGAGGCAGGAGGCAGGGGGAGGAGGAGGAGGAGCAGGGGGAGGCGCGGGAUAAAGGAGCGCCCGGCGCUCCCGCUCGCUCUCCGGCGGGGCCGAGGGAGGCAUCAUGGCCGCGAAGUCGGACGGGCGGCGGAAGAUGAAGAAGGGCGGCGAGGUGGCGUUCACGCCGCUGCAGAACUCGGAGCACUCGGGCUCCGUGCAGGCGCUGGCCCCGGGGCUGCCCGCCGGCUCCGGGCCGGGCGGCGGCAGCGACGACGACGAAGCGCCCGGGGGCGGCUGCUGCAGCGGCGGCGGCGGCGGUGGGGACGGCUCGGGCGGCGGCUCCCGCUGCUGCUGCUGCUGCUGCUGCGGCGGCGGCAGAGGAGGAGACGGCGGCGGGGGCGGCGGCGGGGGCUCGCGGGGCUCGGGCGGGGGCUCGUCCUCGCUGUGCCUGCGGCUGGGCAGGGAGCAGCGGCGCUACUCGCUGUGGGACUGCCUCUGGAUCCUGGCCGCCCUGGCCGUGUACUUCGCGGACGUGGGCACCGACAUCUGGCUGGCGGUCGACUACUACCUGCGGGGCCAGCGCUGGUGGUUCGGGCUCACGCUCUUCUUCGUGCUGCUGGGCUCCCUCUCCGUGCAGGUCUUCAGCUUCCGCUGGUUCGCGCACGACUUCAGCACGGAGGACAGCACCGCAGCCGCCGCCGCCGCCGCCGCCGCCGGGCACUGCCCCGGGGCUGAGAGCAAGCUGCUGGUGAGCAGCAGCUCGGCGGCCGCGGACAUCGACGCCGCCCGGCCCUGCACGCCGCAGCGGCAGGCGUCCACCGCCAGCAAGAGCAACGCCACCAACAGCAGCAGCAGCGGCAGCAGCAACGCCGCCGGCAGCGGCCCCGCCGGCAACCGCGGCGGCAGGUCGGCGUCGUGCGCCUUCUGCGUCUGGCUCCUGCAGUCGCUCGUCCACAUCCUGCAGCUCGGGCAGGUCUGGAGGUAUUUCCACACUAUAUAUUUGGGUAUCCGGAGUCGACGGAGUGGAGAGAAUGACAGAUGGCGGUUUUAUUGGAAAAUGGUGUAUGAGUAUGCAGAUGUGAGUAUGCUGCAUUUGCUAGCCACGUUUCUGGAAAGUGCACCACAGCUGGUCCUGCAGCUCUGUAUUGUUGUGCAGACUCGUACACUUCAGGCUCUCCAAGGUCUUACUGCUGCAGCAUCUCUUGUAUCCCUGGCUUGGGCUUUGGCUUCGUACCAAAAGGCUCUCCGUGACUCCCGUGAUGACAAGAAACCCAUCAGUUAUAUGGCUGUUAUAAUCCAGUUUUGCUGGCAUUUCUUCACCAUUGCAGCAAGGGUCAUUACUUUUGCUCUGUUUGCCUCGGUUUUCCAGCUGUACUUUGGGAUCUUCAUCGUGCUCCACUGGUGCAUCAUGACCUUCUGGAUUGUCCACUGCGAGACAGAGUUUUGCAUCACCAAAUGGGAGGAGAUAGUUUUUGACAUGGUUGUUGGGAUAAUCUAUAUCUUCAGCUGGUUCAAUGUCAAGGAAGGAAGGACACGCUGUAGGCUUUUCAUUUACUAUUUUGUGAUCCUUUUGGAAAACACCGCCUUGAGUGCUCUCUGGUAUCUGUACAAGGCUCCACCAAUCUCUGAUGCAUUUGCCAUACCAGCACUGUGCGUAGUGUUCAGCAGCUUUUUAACAGGCAUUGUUUUUAUGCUAAUGUACUAUGCCUUCUUUCAUCCCAACGGACCAAGGUUUGGGCAGUCGCCAAGCUGUGCUUGUGAGGACCCUGCAGCUGCCUUCACCCUACCCACAGAAGUGGCAACAAACACUCUCCGGUCCAUCUCCAACAACCGGAGUGUCACAAGCGAGCGGGAUCAAAAAUUUGCGGAGCGGGAUGGGUGUGUGCCUGUGUUUCAGGUGAGACCUACUGCACCAUCCACACCUUCAUCCCGGCCACCAAGGAUUGAGGAGUCAGUCAUUAAAAUCGACCUGUUCAGGAACAGGUACCCAGCCUGGGAGAGACACGUGUUGGACAGAAGCCUGAGGAAGGCAAUCUUAGCAUUUGAAUGUUCCCCUGCUCCUCCACGGCUACAGUAUAAAGAUGAUGCCCUCAUCCAGGAGCGCUUGGAAUAUGAAACCACAUUAUAAACGAAACAAACACACAGCUUGAAGAAGCUCCGGUGUUACAGUCCCAGUUAAGGGUUGACGGUAGGACUGUAGGAUUACCUAAACCACAUACAAGUAGAGCAGCAAGCUGUAGUGUUCUUAGUCUGGCUACCAUCAUGAUUAUCAUUUGAUCCACUGUGUGCAGUCUGUCUGCAGGACACUGGUACAGCAGCAUCACCUGAAAGCCUCAAAAAACAAACAAACAAAAAAAAAACCACUCACCCACACAUAGAGAUCGGUUACUCCAUCUGGGAAAACUCACCCAUGAGUCAUUGCUGCUAUGAAACUCUGACUGCACAGUACUUACAGGCAAACCAAUAGGGAGGCUCAGACCAGAGCUUUCAACUUUAGCCAGUAGUGCAUUUUACUUUAGAAAUGAAUGAUUGAUAUUUGCAUAAUCAAUGGCAAAAACAAACAAACAAACAAAAACUUUUCAAAAAUAACAAAACUGUAGCACGCAAUGUUGCUGUUAUUAAAACUGUUUUCUGGGGAAAAAAAAUAGGAGCAUAAUAGUCUUCAACAUCCCAUAAAUAGACCAUUCAGGUUAGAAUAGGUUUGCAAAAUAGUUAUUAAUUAAAAAGAUACAUCAUCAUCUUUGUAAGGUUAUAAAUGGAAAAUAAACUAAAUUCUGAUCAAUUAGCUCAUAAACAUUGACACCACCAGAACUUUUUGUUUUCUGUGGAAUUUCAAAGUCUUUUUAACUGCAAUUUAAGUUCUUUAUGUUGAUUUCAACAGAAAUCCUAUGCAGCUCACUUAUGGUUUUCAGGAGAAAUAAGGAGCUCUAGCACGUAGUGAUGUAAAUUAAAUGAUAAUCAUGAUUCAGUGUUCAAUCUGCAAAAAAAAAUAUAUAUAUGUAAAAGAACAGGGAAGUAUAGUUUUCAUAUUCUAAACUUUUUGGAGGACCCCAUUCAGAUAUUUCAGAAGAAACUACAAGGAGAUGAACACACUGAAACUUCUUUCUGUUUCGAGACUGUGAAUGCAUGAUUCAGUGUGUGAAUGUAUGCAGGGGUGACAAAAGACUGUGACAUGCCAUACCCUUCUAGUGCCAAACAUUGUAUAACUGCAAGACUGAUAUUGCCUGAGGGACAGAUAACAAGUGGCACGAGCCCUACGAGACCAAGAAGCAGGAAAGAGAGAUCCAGUUCUCAACGUGUAGAGACAGCUCUGUUUAUUCCCAUCCAAGGUGAAAGUGAUGUCUUUUAAAGGCUUUCAGCCACCUCUUAGUAAGUAUAUUCAGUGAAGUAUAAUAUAACCAAGCUAUGUGGAAGACCCUCUUCUGCCUGUUCAAGACUUGUUUCCAGAUAUGUCUAAAAAUUACAUUGAAUCUCUUGUAAUAGAGUGCUUUUGCUGCAAGCUUUUGGGUUUUAAAUACCUCCCUAAAUCUAGUCAAUGGUAUCCUUCUUUAUGUUAAAAGUAUCCCCUGAUGGUGCUUUCAGAUGCAUUAAAGGUGCAAGUCAAAAUUUGAUAGUAUUUUUUUUAAAGCUGGUGCAGAGUGAAAAACUCAUGAAUUAUUUCAAUAUUUUUGUAAAGUAAAAAUAUGAUAUAAAAAGGUUACUUUUUAUAAACCUCAAAUCUUUUAAUACAUUUCAUUCUCUUUAUAGCUUAGAUUUUAAGAAUUGGUCCAUGAAUUUUAUCAACUAGCUUCUGCAGGUUGAUACAAACCUGGUUUUCACAUUAUGGAUUUGUUUUGCAGUGUAAUGCCAUAUGAAAGCCUACAUGGGUACUUUUAGAAAACUCCAUAAACCGUGGAUCCUGCUUCUAAUGAAAGUGGCUUGUAAAGACACCAAGCAAUUCCAUAAGAAACAAUUUGCUAUAACUAUUUCCAUCCGUUUUAGGAAAGCGAAGCAGAACUGAAGAGUUACUGUUUUAAAUGGCAUUGUCAGGAUGGAGAAGACCUGAUGAUUGGUGUUUUAAUCUUCACUGUCAGGUAUAUUCAGUGUAGUCACUGCUGUAUAUGCUGCUGGGUAAAUUUCAGUCUUUCCUGUUAUUAAUAUUUGUACUAUGAAAGAGCAGAGGUUACACACCUUUGUUUAUUUGUAUGCGUUCAAUUAGCCAUUUUUAAUGUUGACUUUUUUUAUUAGUGAAAUGUUCAAUAUCUGUUGAUCUUUGCUGGGGCGAGUUCCUCAAAACAAAACAUCUGUAGAAGUGCAGGAACCUGCAAGCCUGAAGGAACUUUGUGCAGAUCAGAAAACACCCAUCUUUGAAGGGUUUCUUAGGUAUUUUCAAAUUAAGCAGUGGCCAGCUGCCUCUAUAAUCAUUUUUAAAUAAAAUAAUUCUUUGAUAGUUCAAACCCAAAGUUUUGUACAAAGUGAUUGCCCUUCUCACCAUGCAGAUAUGUUUGAUUGUACAGAGAAAAGCUCUCAUGUUUUGUCAAAAUAUAUAUAUAUACCACUGCAAGGAUUGCUAAAAAACAAUAUGGGGAGCAAACCCUUUGUCCAGACAAAUUCAGUAGAACUUUCACUCCAGAAUCCAAUGCUGGGUCGCACAAAGAAAAUGCCAUUUUCCUUUGCAAACAAGGCAAAUUGUAGGCUUUGUAACCCAAGACGUGAAGGUUUCUUUUGGAAACCAUUCUAUAUGUUUGCUACUUCUUUAGUAAUUAGAAAUGCUAGCAUGAGUGAGGCACCAUGGGCAGUGCUCUCACUCCACAUGGGCUCUUGUGUCCCUCUGGCACCUCCUGGGGAGAGGGGCAACAUCACAGCUACCAGCAAGCCUUGUCCUCUUCUGAUGUCUUUCUCAUCCUGUCUCACUGUUCCUUGGAGCUGUAAGCCCUCUGGCUGGGGCUGACAGAACUGAAGAAACAUUGCUUAAUGAUGAAUUUAGAGGGUUACAGUCUGGAACAGUGCUUGCACUGCACGGUUUCUGAAGGUUUGGGGAGUUUUUUGUUUGAUUUUCUCUCAUUUGGUUUUGGAAGGAAGGACACAGAGGCAUUAUUGGUUCAUUUGUUUGUUAAUAUCUACCAUUUACUUUCCUUACCCUCCCAUCAUUUUAUAUUUUUUUAUUUUUUUAGUAAUGCUUGUAAAUUUAUCUCAAGCAAACUACUGCAGGUUCUGAGUGCACGGUGCCGCAUGUGGCAGUACAUAUAUGCAGUGGCAGUACACAUACACAGCUUGUCUUCUGAAUGCAGUCUGCAAGGGGGAGAAGACAUUUUAUACCGAGUCAAAAUCUGUUCUCCAAAAUCUUGCUCUGUUAUGUUUGUAAUGCCAGUGAUAGUUGUGCUGAGAACAGGAUGGCCAUUGUAAUCUUAAUGCUCAGAUGACUAUGUGGACAGUUUCCUAAUUUGCUUUGCUGUGGACGGUCACCUUAAAGGCUGUAAGAAUUUUUAUAGAGUUUGUCAAGAUUAAAUAUAGUCCACACUGGAAUCCUAUGAUGGCCUUACAGACAGUUAAUAAUCAAUAUGCACUAUUCUUUUUAACAUGGACAAUUUUAAGGUCUAUCAAUAAAGUUUAAUUAAGACAGCAAUAGCAAAAAAAAUAAAAUAAAAAUUCACUUCUCUUUUUUGAAAUAAUGAAAAAAAAAGAAAUCAGGUCUUUUAAACUCCAUUACAGAUUAACAGGAAAAUAAAAAAGUUCAUAAUUACAUUCUGGUAAAUAAAAGAAAUCACAUCUCUUUAUUAGAAGCAAAUGUCAUGUAAGUAUUGUCCUAAUGAACCAAAACAAAUUGCCAGCAAAUCUGAAGGUAACUUAAAGGCUUGGUCCUAAAAUUUUGAGAGCUGUGGAUUUUUAUGCUAAAAAUUAAAAAAGAAAAAAAAAAAAGGGAAAAAAAAAAGGCAAUUUAAGUAGUAGUUACUACUCUAAUUAGGUAAAGGAGACAUAGUGCAUACCCAUGUUCAUUCAGAAAACAUACAAGAAAAUGUAAGAAACCUUUUUGUCUUAUUUUAAAAGAAGUGUUAUUUGUUCUAUAUUAAGAUAAUCUUUUUUAAAGAGUUAUUUGAAAAUAUGUGCAAUGCUUUUUUUUAAUGCAGUUUUAAUAAUGAAAAAAAAAAAACUCAUUUCCACUUUUGUUUAUGUCAGUUAAAAUAUGCUUCUUGUGCUAGAACAGUGUUUCUGUGCUUGGGUUAUUUGGGCUUGAUGGCAUAUAAGCUAUUGUCAUUGGCAAAUCAACAAAUUUUCUAUUAAUUAAUUUCUAUAGCACUGGGAUUACAGAAAAUUUUCCUUCCAAAAUUAAAUGUUAGGCCUCAGCUGCCUGAUUUUGUAAAGUUUUAAGCAGAGGAGGAAAAUUAAAAAUGUUUUGGAGCUGCGAUUUUUAAUAUAUGAACUGUUAAACCCUGUGUUGUUUUUUUUAAUAUAUGAUAGUCUCACCAAUGUACCAUUAUAUUUCCAAAAGAGCAAUUCAUGAGUGGUGUUCAAAGUGAAAUUGCUGCUAUUUUUGGAAAGGGACUCCCAAUCGCUCUAAAAACGAACAUAUUCAUUCACUUUUUAUUGGCCUGCAAAUGUUCACAACUAGCCUGUUGUAUUUUUAGAACAGUACAUUAUAAAAUUUGAAGUAUUUGUGACUUGAACAUACAACUCCUUAGAAGCCUUAAAAAUGGCACUGUACUGAGUUUUAGUUGGCUCUGCCAGUGAUUCAGCUCCCAAAGCCACUGUCCCUUUUCUGCUCAGCCCCUGAAGUCGUGUAAUCCAGAGUGACUGAGAUGCUGUGAUUUAACUCUGCACCCCCUGCACUGCCUGCGCAAUGCCAAGGAAAAGACCCCAGCAGGUUGCUGAGGUCCUACUGCUGCCUCUCUUGCUCCUGUGCAUGGUGGGAAGCAGACUAAAUUGCAUUUGUGCAUCCUUGCUAAACAAGCUUAGUUAGGUUGAGGCCCUACAAGGGUUGCAUGAUGAAAAUAAUCACAACACGUGUCCAUGAAUUUACAAGCUCAACACUGUAAUUACUAAUUCUGCAGUGUAACAAUGCAGAAUGUGGGAAGAAUUGUCUAAAUACACAAUAAGCCAUUUAAUUUUGCUAAUUGUAGCAAUUAGACUAGCUUGCAUGAAGCCCGUGCUCUCAGCAGAAAGCCAAAUGGAGUAAGUGGCAAGCAGCCAUUUAUAUACCAGAGACAUUAUGUUAUGAAACCCUCCCUUGAUUGUUUAUAGAGCUAGGUCUUUUCUUUACAGCAUUGAAUCCAUUUCUCUUUAUUCUGAUAAAACAGAUAAAGCUCAAAAUGAGAAUAGAUUCUUUAAAGUCUGGGAAUAAAAAAAAAAAAAAAAAGAAAGAAAGCAUCAGAUUACUGCAAUUCACACAUAGUGAUUUUUUGAAAUACAUUCAGUCAUCAUUUCCACUUGGCUUCAGAUUGCUGAGUGAUCUGCAUCAAAGCUGAUUUCUCACAUCUGGUAUGAGCAGACUUCGUUAUGGGAGAGAUGGAGAUGACCUCACAAGAUCUUGCUCACACAAGGUUAGGGGAAUAGUGUCUUUGAUUUACAGAUCACUUGCAAAACUUUUUUAGCAUGUGAGCAGUCCACUGGGAUCAUUUGUAAACCUGUUUUACCAUACUGACCUCACUGCAGGUGUUUGGUGGGAUUUCUUCACUUUUACUCUGGUAUGAACAUGAGAAAAAAAUGCAGGUGAAUAAUUGCACAUACACUAAGCAGUGCUACCGCAGCAUGAAUCAAAACAUUUCUUCUUUUUUUCCUCCUUAGUUCAAACAUUUACGAAUAUAUCCAUUUUGACUGAGUUGUCAUUUUGUGAUCUCUCAAGGACACUGAGAAAUGUUUAUGAAACCACAGCUGUUUCCAAUGAUCCUUAUACAAACCAACUGCUGACCAGCACCUUCAUUAAAAGGAAUUUUUCCUAAAUACAUAAGCUUGGCUCCUGUACUUACAUUUUGUUCUGAAUGCAUAGCAUCUAAUUCUUAUGCAGAGAGUCGUAUAUACUCGUUAGUAAGCCAUGUGCCUACUCUGAAUCCUGGAGCAACGAGGACAGAUAUGCAAAAUGCAGGGAAAAAAAGCCCUCUUCAGCACAUUUAGGGGGUGAUUUGCAUAUGUUACAGAUGUAAGAGGGGAGCUUGUGUAUAAUUUCAGUGGAGUUAUAGGUGCUGUAUGAAUUGAUAAAUAUUUGCAAGAAAUUGUGAGAUAAGUGGCCAGCCAAGAUUAAGGUCAAAUUUAAACCUCUACAUGCAGGGCACUGUAAGAUAAAAACAACCAAAAAAAUAAAACCUAACCAAAACUCUCAUUUCCAGGAAUAGUUGGGAUAAGCUUAGAAAUGCAAUGGAUUUGACAAUGUAACUACACUCUACAAUCGUACAAACAAAGAUAUGACUGCUAUGGAUACAAACAUAUCUGUAUCUGUAGAUUUUAGCCUUGUAUUUCAUAUAGCUUUGGAAGCAAUUGCUUCUCAAUUGUGCUUCUGGGCACGCCAUAGCCCUAGGCAUGCCAGCAGCUUUUCUACAUGAGGAAUCAGUUCUUCUACAAGCAAGGCCACAUCCAAUUCACCAACAAGUGAUUUCCUCACCAUAGAAAAGCUGCUAAUCAAAUGUUUGGAAGAGCCUUCACAGAUGUAGCAUAGUGCUCGGGCAAGUAGUCCCCCAGUUCCUCCCCAACCUCAUGCACAAAAGAGCCCACAGAGAGGAAAACCACGUGCAUGGGUUGGAUGAAGCCACAGCACACGGGGAGCAGAUAGCUGUGCCAUACACCCAGGAGUCAGCGCAGGCACAUUAGUGGCCUCAAGCUAAUGCUGUGAUCUUCUAAACUGCAAGAACCAGAGCUCCUGAAUUUUUUCACCUGGAAGGUUCAGGCAUCUACAAUUUGGCUCCCGGCCUUGAUCAGAAAGAUCUUGGUCUUCACAGCUCGGCUCUUGUCUCCCCACUGUGCCCACCAGGAUCCUUCGAGCUGAUGUUAUUCUUCAAGCUGGUCCUUCAAGCCUGUCAUACCUGAAGGGCAGGGGUCUUCUGGGGUUCUAUUGGAUGGAGCUCUGCACAGGAACACUCACAAAUGCUUUUCCUGCAGUAGGCUUGGGGCAACUAAAGACUGAGGGGAGAGCCAGGCUCAGUUAUCUCUUCAGCUAGCAAUGAUUCAUAUCUCUAUCUACUAUCUCUCAGGGGAAGGCUAUAGGGCUGCACGCUACUGAGGAGAAGGGCAUGCUCACUCCCUCUUGUGCUGAGGCUGUUCUCCCUCUUUGUGGAAAACUUAAAAGCUAUGCUGUGCAAUGUAGACAUACUUCCAGUGCUUUGACAUAUUCAGUCCCCUUAGUGUGGAGGACUCCGAAGCUGUUGCACACGUCCAGUGCCGUUGCCUGUCCAACCAGAGUAAUGUCUACAGCAAAAAUUCAGGGCAGAUGCAAAAUCCCUCUGCUCACCUUCCAACCUGACCAAAAGCUGUAUGAACAUGGUUAGCACUGUGACAAAGCCUGAAUCAAUACAUGCUGCCUUCAGUCAGGUCUCUUAAUGCACUGUCUGCUACCCUGGCCACGUUCACCUGGUUUCUUGUGGGAGCUCAGGCAGACCUCAUGUGUGCACCAGAGCUACACCACGUGGCCAUCUCUGUAGCUUCCUGAGCCCGUGGUGCACACCCCUUGUGAUCCCAUGUCUUUUGCAGAGCAAAUUCCACUUUGGGCAGAGUAAAGGGCAAAUUGGCUGUAUGUAGUCUAGGGAAGCAUGUGGAGUAGACAUGGCUUCUCUGGAUAAUAUGUUUGAACGGAGCUGUGUGCAAAUUGCACAGGGUAUGACAUUCACAAGUAGUAAGAUAAGUGUCUGCAGCUUGGAGCAUGCUGUAAAGAGUACUCUUUGUUACAGUGUUUGCUUUUCCCAUAAUAAAAAUAAUACCAUCAUGGUUCUUACUUGAGAGCAAAUUUACAGUAUCGGAUGUGUUUACAUAUAUACACACUAUACACACACACAAUAUAUAUAUACAUAAGUGUUUAUACUCAUGUAUGUAUGUGUGUAUUUGUGUGUAUAGUUGUGACAAUGAGUCCUGAGAUUCUAUUAGGAUUUAAUCAUAUAUUUCAUUUAAAUUCUAUAACUGAAGAAAAAGCAUCAGGAGCACCAUCAUCAAGGGUAAUCAGGUGAUAAGUGCAAAAGGAAAAGCACAUUAUCAGAAAACACAUUCCAGUCAUUAUUGGAAACAACUUUGAGAUGCAUUAUGUCAGUAAUUUAAUGAAAAGUUGUGAAGGAAAAAGGUCUAAUGCUAUGUUUCAUCAUCUUAAAUAUUUUGGUAAAAGAAUAGAGUAAAAAAAUAGAAUUGUAUCAAAUAAAUAAGGAUUUGUCACAGUUAGUAGAGAAAAAUAAAAUCAUAGGCAAAUGACAAAGGGAUUGAUUAACCCUUUGUUUCAUUUAAUGUUGGUUAUAUUUGUUUCACUGAGUAUCAGUGUUAUUGAUGUCAGUAAUUUAUCAAGGAACUAAUCUGUAAUAAAUCAGCAUGGUUUACUUGAAAUUUGACUAGAAACACUGAAAAGAGUGUUUGUUAGCCAGCAUAUAUACAGUUGCCUGGUACAUGCUGUCAGAAGAACAGAUUUGCUAGUCCAUGGAUUAUGUACUGAAGAUAAAUUUCAGAUGCAUGCAUUUAAUGAUAACAAUACCUCUGUCAGUUUAACUGUACCAUGAAUACACAGGAGCUGUUUCUGAAAUCCUAAUUACUGUUGCUUUUUUUCAGUAUGCAUUCUGCACUAUUAUCUGUGUAUCCCAGAUUGUUUCUUAACUAAUGUUUGAUAAGAAUUAAUUUAACAUUUUAUAAAGCUGAGGAAAAGAUUACUAGCCAGUUAACCAAAGGAUUUUGUUUUCAAUUGUGUGAUACGCAUAAACAUUUUUUAAGCUUUAAAAAGGUUCAAAGCCCCAAUUCUGCAAAUCCCUUGCUGAAUACAAAAAUAGCUCAUUGGUCUUCAUGAAAGCAUGGGUUGUAUGGAAGCUUAGCUCCUCACCCAACCAUCAUUCAGGUAUUCUGUCACUCGUUCAGCAUAGCACUUGGAAAUGAUCAUAACUUUCCCGCAGGACCUGAUUUAUAGGCAGAUACAAAACUAACCAUGGUGGCUGUCUCAGACAAGUUCAGAAGUGGCCACUAAUCACCCCUAACAUUGUUCAGGCAUCCCUACUUUGGGACAUAUGGAGGAGAUACCUCACUGAGGACAUCCGUGGGAUUGCCACGAUGCUCUAUGCAGGGUUUAGCCUUCAGACAGCACUGCACAGACGAUGAGAAAUCUUCAUUUAUCAGCAGAAAUGGAAACUGCCACCAGUUACAGCUGCGCAGUGCCAGCAUAUGGUCACAUAUUUGUGGCUGCUAUUGAUUCCUCCUAUUUUAUUUUAUUGGAACAGCUUGAAACUUGUCAAGCUUUGCUUGGGUUGAUUUGCAGUUAAUUAAUUCAACAGACAUUUUAAAUCUCGCAAAUUUGUGACUUGUAAUAUAGUAAUCAAGUUCCUGUGAGCGUAUGUUGAUCAGCUGGGGGGUGGGGAGGGGAGAGAAAACCCUUGAUAGCUGUGUGCAGCAUGGUGCCCACACUGCAAAGGGGCAUCUACAAGAAAGGCAACAUUCACCCCAGCUAAGCUCUCAUCGUUCAUCUAAUGAAUCGUUCAUCCAUUUGAUUUGUCUUGGAUGAGCCAGGAGCUGUAUUUAAGGAGGAUUGCUGGGGCUGAGACAGCUCUAGGUACUGUUGGUGGGGAUCAACACCUCCCCUUCUGGUCACCGGUUUCCUUACCAACCAAAGAGUCAUUCUGCCCAAGAGCAGCCCAAUUUCAUUUCUGAAAUGACCAUACCUCUGGUGGAACAGUAUCUCCUGGAGAAAUGACAAUAUAAAAAAAAAACACAGAACACUAGGACACUGGAAAUCAAGUGAAUGAAUGGAGAAACUUUUUUUUUCUUCAUUGCCUUUAACAUACAGGUGGAUUUUAGCUACUUUGAUGUGAAGCAGAAGGGGAAAAAAAUCUAAUGUCUGCAGAGGAUGCAGAAGUGCGUACAUUAGUCGAUGACUAAUCAGUAUGUACUUUUUUACUGUGGAAGCACUGGUAACCUCAGCAGGGAGAUCAAAAGACUUGAAAGCUAGGAAGUGAUUCCUCUGGUCAGGGUUAAAGAGGUGUUUGUGAAACACUGUGGAAAAGCUGCUCCUGUUGUUUCCGUGAAUAAAGGGAGGAGCAGAGUCUUUCAACAGGAAAAAACAUCAAAUGCCAAAACACUUUUUAUGGUGCAGUUACUCUUUUCUCUAGUAACGAUGUUGGUUAAGAAAGCUCUAGGCAUGUUACGAACUGUAACAUAUGGGGAGACAGUGAAUGACACUUCAUAGAUAUAAAUGUUGCUAUUGACAGGAGAUGUUUAUUAGCAAUAAGAUAAAAAAGUGUCUCAAAAUAAGGCCUGAGAGACAAGGAUUUUUUAUGGUUGUUAUGUCAAUGAUUGUUAAAUGUAGAGAUCAUAGAUCUUUAUAAUAGCUUAUAGGUCAAAGAAUUUUUCUUUUUAUUGUUCCUUACAGAGGAUAAAUCUCAGAUGGCUUCCACAAAAGCAUAUCACAUAAAACAGGCUCAUAAGAUGGGCUUUUCUUUGUAUGGAAUAUUAUAGGCUCAGUGUUGUUCAAGUGCUUGUGCAUUUUUUCAUGAUCUCAGCUUUUAAUGCAGUACAUGCAUAAGCUAAUAGUGGAUUCGCAAGUGCAUCUUCCUUUAGCUCAGUAACUCCCCACAUGCUCAUUCAUGUACAGGUCAGGAGCACAUAUGUGGUGGGGAGAGAGGUGUGUGUGCACUUGUAAAGGUGCAAAGCAGAUGAAAAAUAAAGAUGGAAACCAGUAGAUGACAUGGUAAAAGCCUUAUAGUUAGGGAACAGCUGUGAACCUUUAGAGUAGGUGAGCCCUCAUGGUAUUUUUUCAUGCUCAGGUAUUCUGUCACUCAGCUCAUCAUGGAAAUCACUGCUGAAGGACUUUCAACUGUAUUAUAAGUUAUUAUUUUUUGCUUGUUUAGAAGUAGAAACAGUAUCACCCUGACUCUCAACAGAAAUCACUGUGGAGGCAUCCAUAAGCUUCAUGCAUGAUCUGUAAGUGUAGUACGUCAUAACAGUUCUGAUUUCUUCUAAGAUCCACUUAAACAAAUUUGCAAGAUGUAUUAGAUAUUGUUCUGAUUUUCUUCCUUGGUUCCAUUUUCUUCCUGUGCUUAUGCAUGUCAUAUGCAAACCCCACUGCUGAGAGAAGAUGACACUCAGGUUAUAAAACAGACUUUUUUUUCAUGUAGUAGUACAAAACACAAAAAUUCAUUUGCAUAACACCUAGCUAUUGAGAAAAACUCUAUAACUAGAGAAGGAAAAGCAAGUUAAUUAUGCAAAUAUUGAUUUCAUUUUAGCCAGUGCAAAACAGGGAAAAAGAAUACAGAUAGCUGUCAUAUUUUGCUGUUCGACUCAUCUUGCUUCAUAAUUCCAAAAGCUGUGGUAUAUGCCCAUAAUAACCUGAAAUUGAAUAUUCCUUGCUUCUGAGAAACUGGCAGAAUAGCCACUAAUUGUGGAUCCCAUUAGAUUAGCAGGCACAGAUCUCCUAGCAAGCACAGAUCCACUGUGUUUCUUCUUUAACUGGACUGCAGUUCCUUUAAAUCAAUUCCCAUUGAUUCUCAAGGACACAAACUGUCCUCUGUGUAAUUUGUUCUACAUGGUGGGACAGAUAUUUUGCUGUCUAUUCUUUGAGUUGUGUAUUAUUAACAAGCUAAUGUUUAUUCUAACAAAUGAGCAUCACUGUAUUUUCCUGCAGGUGCCUUUCCAUCUAUAAGGUUAUCUCAGCAAUGGAAGCUGGUUCUGUUCUUGUUCCCAUGCUCAUUACCUGCAUCUUUAAUCAAAUGCUAAUUUAACAAUUGUUUGUCAUGCUGCAGAUCCAUGCAAAGCACAGUCUGACUUCUGGAUUUGACCCAGAGCAUUAGCAAAUGGGAGAGUCAUCUUCUCACUGCAAGCAUUGGACAUGGAUACCACUGAGAUGCAAUAAACAAAGUUCCUUAAUGUGCUCAUUUUCCAGUAAUUUUCCAGGGUGCAGUUGUGCUUCAACACUUUGCGCAGCUCUCUGCAAUCUUCUUUUAUUUCAAAAUAAAUAAAUAAAUAAAAUAAAACAAAACCAAAAAAAAAAACAA